AUGGCCGAGCACACUCUGACGGGUCAGAAGGUGGCAAUCAAGAUAAUCAACAAGAGAAAGAUGGAGCAGAUGAACAUGCACGAGAAGAUCCGAAGAGAGAUCCAGAUCCUGCAGUUUCUGAAGCAUCCUCACGUCAUUCGACUUUACGAGCUUUUGGAUACACCGAGUGACAUCUUCAUGGUGAUGGAGUACGUGCCGGGUGGUGAGCUUUUUGAUCACAUCGUGCACAAGCUCAAACUCCAGGAGGACGAGGCACGGAGAUUUUUCCAGCAGAUCCUGUCCGGUGUCGAGUACUGCCACCAGUGCAUGGUGACCCACCGAGACCUGAAGCCCGAGAACCUGCUCUUGGACUCGAACUUGCAUGUGAAGAUUGCGGAUUUCGGCCUGUCGAACACUAUGCGCGAUGGGGAGUUCCUCAAGACCUCCUGUGGGUCACCAAAUUAUGCCUCUCCCGAAGUUGUGUCGGGCAAGGCAUACGUCGGCCCGGAGGUUGAUGUCUGGUCCGGAGGGGUAGUUCUCUAUGCGCUGCUUUGCGGCUCUCUACCUUUCGACGAUGAGAAUGUUCCCAAUCUCUUCCGAAAGAUCAAGCACGGGAACUUCACCCUGCCAGGCCACUUGAGCAGCGAGGCCAAGGACCUGAUUGUGCAGAUGCUGGUUGUGGAUCCAACGAGGCGAAUCACGUUCUCGCAGAUCCGAAAGCACUCCUGGUUCCAGAAGGACCUGCCAGAAUAUCUUGCGGCCCCGCUGAACUUGGCGGUGGAGAAGCUGGAGGUUCAGCCCGACAUCCUGCAGGAGUUGGAAGACAUGGGGAUCAAGAUUGCAGACAAGGAGAACUUGAAGCCGGAUGAGCAGGUGGCUUACCAUCUGCUGGCGGAUCGAGCCUCGAAGCAGAGCAGCUUCUCGAAUCUCCUCCGGAAGGACCAGGGCAAUAUCAACGCUCACAAGAUGUUCGAUGACGAGGAGAUUGCAAGCGUUGCCAGGCAGUUUGAUCAGGAGAAGCUGGCUCCUGUCUACAAGAUUGCUGCCAUGGCUAACGACCGGGCAGCAAUGCUUGCCCAGUCCACCUUUGCAGCACCGGAAUGCCCAUGGCGGCUGGGCUUGGAAGCCAUCAUGGAGGCUGCGGUUCUGAUGACAGAAGCUUUGGUGACACUGCGAGACUUGGGCUACGAGUGGAGCAACAUCACGCCUUGGCGGGUUCGUGCUCGGCCUUUGAAAAGGCAGAAGAACCUAAUGCUGACUGUCCAGGUGUACAAACUCUCCUCUGGAAAGUACAUGGUCGACGUCCUCAUUCCGCAGGGGCCCACGCUCCCGGCGGUACAGGAGGCGCUGCUCUUCCUGCGGCGACUCUCGCAGCGGGAGGCUGUGGCCGCCAACAUCGUCUUGAGGCCUGCCGCAACCCAGGCGCUUCUGGGCGGGCGUGCCGCAGAACACAAGGGGCCGGGCCGAGGCGAUGGGUAUCCACAAGGAGCUGGCCCCACAGCAAGCCUGUGA